UAUGAUCAGAGUUGGCUAGUGUUCCAUCAUGAAGCUGUCAUUUGUUUGUUUCGUCUUAAUCGCAAUUUUGCAAUGUUGUUGCACCGAAAUUUUGACUAAUGAAACAUCUUGGAGACAUUUUAUCGAACACAGCCCCCUUGUAGACGCCUUAAAACCAAAAAAUGACACAGAAGUGACGCCUCCUGUGACUUCGAGAUUAUUUAACACAAAUAAUUUUCAUUUGAUUGGUAAUAAUGAUGCGCAGCCCCAACCAUUUUACCAAAAGUGGAUUAUUUCACCCAUCGUUCAAUUUAUUUCGAAAUUCUCCAAACCAUUAGCGUUUACUUUUCAAAAAAUUGUGAACGUGGUUGAGACAAUUGGACGCAAAUUGUGGGGGAUUUUAUCAUCGUUUUUGUUCGGUAAUAAACCAAUGUUGGAAAUUUCGAGACGGAAAAGACAAGCAAAUCUGGGCUUUUCCCCACUUUUAAAUCUGGCAAAUCCGUUGAAAACUGUGUUAAAAACCAUUCUAGCCUUGGCACCGGAUUUUACUCAACGUUUUCCCACCGUUUUGGCGCGUCUUGAAACUUUGAAUGGUGGUUUUGAUACAGGUUUCUUCAUUCUCGACACUGUGGUUAAAUAUAUAGGGUUUUGGAUCACUAAAAUACUCCCUAGAUUGAGUUUUCUCGUUGAUAUUUUCACACUAGUGUGGGAUGGUCUCAUGGAAUUCAGACCUUGGUUUGAGAAAAUCCUAACACACAUUUUCACAGUUGGUAAAACUGUAAAAUACACCGAUACUGUCUCAAAAAACGAAAUUUCACCGAUGAAACCCGAAGUGUUUUAAUUUCACAAUAAAUUAUACUCACCGU